CCUUCCGCUUCCUCCUGCCUCCUGUCCCGCCGCUGCUGCUCCUUGCUCAGGGCACCUCUCCAGCUCUCCAUACCCCUGUGUCUGCAGAAGCGCUCCGGGCCCUGAGCUGUCAGCACCACCGCCCUCCAGGCCUCGGACACGAUGCAGGCCAUAAAGUGUGUGGUGGUGGGAGAUGGAGCCGUGGGCAAGACAUGCCUGCUUAUCAGCUACACCACCAACGCCUUCCCGGGAGAGUACAUCCCCACCGUGUUCGACAACUAUUCAGCCAACGUGAUGGUGGACAGCAAGCCCGUGAACCUGGGGCUGUGGGACACGGCAGGGCAGGAGGACUACGACCGCCUCCGGCCGCUCUCCUACCCGCAGACGGACGUCUUCCUCAUCUGCUUCUCCCUUGUCAGCCCAGCCUCCUAUGAGAAUGUCCGGGCCAAGUGGUUCCCGGAGGUGCGGCAUCACUGCCCCAGCACGCCCAUCAUCCUGGUGGGCACCAAGCUGGACUUGCGGGACGACAAGGACACCAUCGAGAAGCUGAAGGAGAAGAAGCUGGCGCCCAUUACUUACCCGCAGGGCCUGGCGCUGGCCAAGGAGAUCGACUCAGUGAAAUACCUGGAGUGCUCAGCCCUCACCCAGAGAGGCCUGAAAACCGUUUUUGACGAGGCGAUCCGGGCUGUCCUCUGCCCCCAGCCCACGCGGCCACAGAAGCGGCCCUGCAGCAUCCUCUAGGGGACACACCCAGCCCUCCCAGCCAGAUGGUUCUGACCCUCCGGGGCCCCCACCCAAAGCCCCAGGACAUCCCCGCUGGCCAUGCUGUCCCCUUCCUGUGGCGUUUCUUAGCAAGACGGCUGCAGAGCUUGGCUCAUCAUCUUCUCUGUGCUGGAGUCCCCCCCGGGGAAGAGUGUGCACUUGUAGGUGCUGCGUCCCCAUCCCCUCAUGCUCCUGCCUUCCCAGGGGCCAGAGGGGAGCCCCAGGACCGAUAAGCCACCCCUGUGUUGCUGUGGUCAGAUGCCCCACGUGGCAUCAUCUACCUGUUUACUCCUCCCUCCCAAAGCCUGAAUCCCCUCUGGAAACUUCGGGCCAGAUGGUUGCCGGCCACCACUUAUAUACCUUCAGGGACGGGUCUCUUGCUCUCCCGUGAGGCAGUCUACUCCAAUAUUGAUGGUCUUGCUUGUCUGAGGUUCUCCUACUGAAGCUAAAUUAAGUGUCUGAGAAGUUUGCUCUUCUGGUCUUAGUGCUCCUUUUGGGGACAACACAAAACAUUCAGAUUUUCUAAAUCUCUGUGGGCACCUGCCCAGCCAAUCAAAAGGCUGGGUCCUGCUGACUCCUGCCACCUCUCAAGUCUUUCUGCUCCACUCACAGGAUCCUGAGCUGCAUUUACCUGUGACAGUCUUAAAACUUGCAGACCCUGCCAGUCGGGAUUUCUGUCAUUGCAACUAGGAACCCAAUUCAACCUGCUUAAGCAGAAAAUAAAUUUACUGAUUCAAGUUUGGAAAUAUAUGACUUCAGGUGCAGCUUGAUCAAGGGGACUCAAAUGAUGUCAUCAGAGCUCACUUUCCUGUACCUUCUGAUGUCUGAUUCAUUCUUAGGCAGGUGACUCUCAAGGGCUUCAUCCUUCCCGUUUCAAGUUCAGCAAAAAAGAGCAAGUGUCUGCCCCCGGCAAAGUUCUAAUUAAGGUUUACUCUGAUUGGACCAGCUCAGGUCUUUUCAACCAAUCACAUUUGUCAGGAGAAUGCUGUGUUCUGAUUGGUCAAGCCUGGACUACAUGCCACACGAGAGCAUGGAGCGGAGGCAGCCCUUUCAAAACCAUACCCACUAGAGUGGAGGGAGGGGUUGGUUCUCAAAGGGAGACUGAGAGUUUUGCCAGAAUUGGGGAAUAUGGGUGUCGAGCAGCCAGAAACCCCUAGUCUCCACUAUUGGAGGUCCCAGGAAAGUGUCCCAACAGUGUAAGGAAGCAAUGCCGGACCCAGCAGGCACAAAACACAGGCAAGUUUCUUUAAAAGAGAGAUGGGGCUGCUGUAAGGAUUUACGAAGCUCAUCCCUAAAGCGCCAAGGUACAGGAUGGAGCCAGUCCCACCUCAGUGUUUGCUAAUUCACAAAUGCCAGACCUUCCAAUCCUGCGGACGACUGUGCUUCUCUAUCUAAAUGUCAUCCACCCAUUCAACACGAAUUCACUGAACACCUACUCUGUGCCAGGCAUUGUUCUGUGGUCCAGCGGUACACCCAAGUUCUUGCCCUCAGGGGCUGACACUCUA